GGGUUGGCUUUCCACAAACAAUAAUUGCAACUCUCAUGUAAUCAGACAAACAACUCGAUCUGCUGAAAACUUGCGAGCCAAGUCUAGCAGUCUACCUGCUCCUCCAUCACUAUAUGUCUAUAUACUAAUUAGUUUGCCCUGAUCUCCAAUUCCCACUACACUCUUCCACUGAAUUCCCAGUGAUCGAUCAUCUUUCUCUUCAAACAUCCAAGAGAUUUCUUCCUUGUUUUUCAUUAUCUUUUUUAAUUUCUUGUCAAUUCUUGUAAGCUAUGGCUGGGAAAGUGCAGGGUCCGGCGAUUGGGAUUGAUUUGGGAACAUGCUACUCCUGCGUGGCAGUUUGGAAACAAAAUCGGGUGGAGAUCAUACCCAAUGAUCUUGGGAACCGGAAAACACCAUCUUUUGUAGCUUUCAAUGAGACUCACCGCUUGAUCGGUCAUGCGGCCAUGGACCAGGCAGCCACGAAUCCUACCAACACUGUUUUUGACUCUAAGCGUUUGAUUGGAAGGCGAUUCAAUGAUGCCUCAGUGCAACAUGACAUGAAAUUGUGGCCAUUUAAGGUGAUUGCUAACCCUGAUAAUGGGAGGCCCAGUAUUGUUGUCAACUACAAGUACGAGGAAAAGCAGUUUCUGGCUGAAGAAAUCUCUUCAAUGAUUCUCAUAAAGAUGAAAGAGAUUGCAGAGGCUCAUUGUGGUUCAGAGAUAAAAAAUGCUGUUAUCUCUGUUCCUGCUCGUUUCAAUCACUCACAACGUCAGGCCACAAUGGAUGCCGGAGUCAUUGCGGGCCUAAAUGUGAUGCGUAUUAUCAAUGAGCCAACUGCUGCUGCUAUUGCAUAUGGGCUUGACAAUGAAAAUGGUGGUGGUGAGAAGAAUGUGCUCAUCUUUGAUCUUGGUGGUGGCACGUUGGAUGUCUCACUUCUCACCAUGGAUGGGCAUUUUCUUGAAGUGAAAGCUACAGCUGGGGAUACCCAUUUGGGAGGUAAAGAUUUUGACCGUAGAAUGGUGAAGCAUUUUGUUCAGGAGUUCGAGGCAAAGCAUAAGAAGAAAAUUAGUGGAGGUAAGGCUCUUAGGAAGUUGUGGACUGCUUGUGAAAGGGCUAAGAGGAUGCUGUCAUCUAAGACUGGAACAAAAAUCGAGAUUGAUUCUUUGUGCGAGGGUAUUGACUUCUACUCGAGCAUCAGCCGAGGCAAGUUUGAGGAGCUUAAUAAGGAUUUAUUCUGCAAGUGUAUAGAGCCUGUUGAGACGUGUUUGAAGGAUGCUAAGAUGGAUAAGCGCAAUGUCCAUGAUGUGGUUCUGGUUGGGGGGUCUUCCAGGAUCCCCAGGGUUCAGAGAUUGCUGCACAACUUCUUCAUGGGGAAGGAGCUUUGCAAAAGGAUUAAUCCUGAUGAGGCUGUUGCUUAUGGUGCUGCUGUUCAGGCUGCGAUUCUCAACCACGAUGCUAGUAAGAAGGUGAAGGACAUCUUGUGCGUGGAUGUCACUCCUCUAUCGCUUGGUGUGAAGACUGCUGGGGAUGUCAUGAGUGUGCUGAUUCCGAGAAACACCACCAUUCCCACCAAGAAGGAGGAGAACUACUCAACCCACUCUGAUAACCAGGGGGGUUUGUGCAUAGAGGUGUAUGAGGGUGAACAUACGCGGAUCUGUGAAAACAAUUUUCUGUGCAAGUUUGAGCUCAGAGGCAUUCCUGCUGCUCCUCGUGGAGUUCCAAGAAUCACCGUUUGCUUUGACAUUGAUGCUGAUGGUAUCUUGAACGCCUCUGCCAAGGACCAAGCCACUGAAAGUAAGAAAGAAAUUACAAUCACCAAUACAGGCAGGCUCUCCAAGGAAGAGAUCAAGAAGUUAGUGCGGAAGGCUGAGAAAUACAAGGCUGAGGAUGUCAAGCAUAACAAGAAGGUGGAGACAAAGAAUGUACUGGAGAACUAUGCUUACAACAUGAGGAGCACAUUUAAAGAUGACAAGUUUGCAGCCAAGGUCCCAUCUGCUAACAGGGAGUCGGUUGAAGAUGCAAUCGAGCAGGCUAUCGAUUGGGUCAAACGAAACCAACUUGCAGAGGCAGAUGAAUUUGAGUUCAAGAUGAGCGAGCUGGAGAGCAUAUGCAACCCGGUCAUUUACAAGAUUGAGCAUGGCUCUGAUGGUGAUGACAAUAUGGCUCAGGAUGAGCCGGAGCACAAGAAUGAGGAGAUGGCCAUGGGUGGAGGCACCCAAGAGGAUAAGGAGCCUGAGAGGGAGAUAAUUAAGACACAGGAGGCUGAGGAGCAUAAGAAGGCGGCUAAGACCAUCCCUGAGGAUAGGGAGCAUGGGAAGAAGGUUGAGGCAAAGAAAGCAUUAGAAAAUUGUGCUUACUACAUGAGGUACAGAAUCAGAGAUGUGAAGAACGCUUUGGCAGAGACUGAAGAUGCAAUUGAGCAGACCAUCCACUGGCUUGGAAGGAACCAGCUUGUGGAGGCACAUGAGUUUGACAAUAGGAUGCAGGAUUUGGAGGGCAUUUGUUACCCUUUCAUUGCCAAGAUGUACCAAGGAGCUGGUACUAGUGGUAAGAAUUGAUACAUUUAGCAUCUCACUAGCCUAUAAAAAGUCUCCAUCUGUAAAUUUCUUUUUCUUUUUCUUUUUUUCCUAGGCAUUGUAAUAUGGUUUUUGUUUGUGGAGUCUAUAAUUCUAUUGCAAACAUAGCUAUGUAACUCGUUGUAUUUUA